AUGCAGAGUAACAACACCUCGCAGGCGGCGCCGCCGAGCCCUGGCGGGAAGCCGGGCCUCCACUCCCCGCUUCCCGGGGAGCUGCCCGCGGCUGCAGUACGAGGCUGCAGCGAUGCAUCCCGCGGAACCGCUGUGCUCUCGGCUCAGAGGCCAGGAGCCCAGUCGGCUUCCCUGGGGCGGAACCGGGUGUCCGCAGAGCCGCUCGCCGGGAAGCUCAGGGGAAAACCCGAUGCUCUUCCCGCUCCUGUGGCCCCGGUGCUCCCGGCUCCUGGCCGCAUCCUCCGUGUCUGCCCGCCCUCAGGCGGCCUGCUCCCUGUGUGCGCAUCGCCCGAGGCGGCUCCUAGAAGGACGCUGGCCUGGCCUCGGGGCUGCCCCGGGGACACAGCACAGUCUCUCAUCUCAAGAUCCUUCCCUCGACCACACCUGCCAAGACCCCUUUUCCAAAGGCCACCUGAGAGGCUCCGGGGACAGGGCCUGCUGCAUCUGCGGCCACUACUCGCCCCCACGCUGCCCCUCUCCCAGCCUCCGAGGUCUCAGCGUAACUGGAUGAAAAUGGUGUUCGGACAUGGAAGCAACACGGAGGGGAACCGAGGGAGAAACACUUCCCCCGGAUACCCACAUGGGCAGCCGAAACCCAGCUGCCACCGACAGUCACAGCCAGCUCCCCUGCUUAUUACGUCGGAGAACAUGAAAGUCAAAGGUGCCCGGCCGGUGUGGCUCAGUGGUUGAGCAUUGGCCUAGGAACCAGGAGGUCACGGUUCGAUUCCCCGUCAGGGCACAUGCCCAGGUUGCAGGCUUCAUCCCCAGUGUGGGGUGUG